AAUGGCGUCAGGGGAAGCAGAGCAGUGAGGGAACUACAUACAGGAGGCGGGGUCCUAGGCGAAGGAGUUACGCUGCUCGCGGUGGCGAAAGCGGCUUUAGCGGCAGCAUGAAGCGCACUCAGACCGCUGAGGAACGAGAGCGCGAAGCUAAGAAACUGAAGCUUCUUGAGGAGCUUGAAGAUACUUGGCUUCCUUAUCUGACUCCCAAAGAUGAUGAAUUCUAUCAGCAGUGGCAGCUGAAAUACCCUAAGCUGAUUCUCCGAGAAGCAGGCGGUGUGUCCGCGGAGCUCCAUAAAGAGGUUCAGGAAGCCUUUCUCACACUGCGCAAGCAUGGCUGCUUAUUUCGGGACCUGGUGAGGAUCCAAGGCAAAGAUUUUCUCACUCCAGUGUCUCGCAUCCUCAUUGGGAAUCCUGGCUGCACCUACAAGUACCUGAAUACCAGGCUCUUUACAGUACCCUGGCCUGUUAAGGGUUCUAAUGUAAGCUACACUGAGGCAGAGAUUGCUGCUGCUUGUCAGACCUUCCUUAAGCUCAAUGACUAUCUGCAGAUAGAGACCAUCCAGGCUUUGGAAGAACUUGCUGUGAAAGAGAAGGCCAAAGAAGAUGCCGUGCCAGUGUUUAUGACCGAGUUCCCCAGAGUGGGGAUGGGGUCAUCCCAUGAUGAAGUGGACAUGAAGAGCAGAGCAGCAUAUAAUGUAACUUUGCUGAAUUUCUUGGAUCCUCAGAAGAUGCCAUAUUUGAAAGAGGAGCCUUACUUUGGUAUGGGGAAAAUGGCGGUGAGCUGGCACCAUGACGAAAACCUGGUGGACAGGUCAGCAGUGGCGGUGUACAAUUAUAGCUGUGAAGACCCUGAAGAGGAAAGUGAGGAGGAGUCUCAUCUUGAAGGCAGAGAUCCGGAUACCUGGCAUGUUGGUUUUAAGAUCUCGUGGGACAUAGAGACUCCUGGUUUGGCAAUACCCCUUCACCAAGGAGACUGCUAUUUUAUGCUUGAUGAUCUCAAUGCCACCCACCAACACUGUGUUUUGGCUGGUUCACAACCUCGGUUUAGUUCUACCCACCGAGUGGCAGAGUGCUCUAUGGGAACCUUGGAUUAUAUUUUACAGCGCUGCCAGUUGGCUGUGCAGAAUGUCCGGGAUGAUGUGGAUAAUGGUGAUGUCUCUUUGAAAUCCUUUGAGCCUGCAGUUUUGAAACAAGGAGAAGAAAUUCACAAUGAGGUCGAGUUUGAGUGGCUGAGACAGUUUUGGUUUCAAGGCAAUCGAUACAGAAAGUGUACUGACUGGUGGUGUGAGCCCAUGACUCGGCUGGAGGGGCUGUGGAAGAAGAUGGAAAGCAUGUUUGUGGUUGGAAGGUGUAGUCUCAGGAAGGAUAUAGGAGAAUGGAAAACGAGCUUUGAAAUAGUUUUUCUUCCAGUAAUGACAAAUGCUGUGCUUCAAGAAGUUAAAAGAGAGGGGCUCCCCGUGGAACAAAGGAAUGCGGUGCUGACUGCCAUCCUUGCUUUGCUCACCACCCGCCAGAACCUGCGGAGGGAAUGGCAAGCCAGGUGCCAGUCCCGAAUUGCCCGAUCUUUACCGGGGGAUCAGAAACCAGACUGUCGACCAUACUGGGAGAAGGAUGACCCCUCCAUGCCUCUGCCCUUCGAUCUCACAGACAUCGUUGCCGAACUCAGAGGUCAGCUUCUGGGAACCAAAGCCCAGAAGGAGCACAGGUCUUAGGUGGAGAGGGAAAGAUACCUGACUCUUGUUUCUCCGACCUUACCGGGGGCUUGGGCGAGGGCAGUGUAGACUUCACUUAGCCCUUAGGCUGUACCUGGAUCCCAGUUCAAAAUAGCUAAGGAGUGGUGCCCGUGAGUAUUAAAGUGUUGACAAAUGAGUGCUGUAGUCUGAUUUAGGAACUUCCCCCCAAAUGACUGUUACCCACUCAGAUUAAUUCAUGGGAGCCCUGCAGCCCCCAGGGCCCCGGCCUGUGAUAAAGCCUCACCUCUUUCCCCCUUCAUCAGCCUCCUCAGAGUCAGAGUGGACCCAGUAACGGGCAAGACAGAGCUUGGAGACAUCACCCCAGCCUCCGACCAUGUGGUUUUGUACCUGUGGCAUCCGACGUGGUGUCCCCUGCUAGCUGUGGCUUCUCUAAUUUUAAUUCAGUUUUAAUUUUAAUUAAAAGUUCACUUCCUCACAUGGCCUGACCACAUUCAAGUGUUUAACAGCCACAUGUGGCUAAGGACUGCUCCUGCGGGCAGGGCAGCUGUGGGACAUGUUUUUCACUUUCAGAAGUCCUCUUAGAUGAGAUGUCUCUAAAAAGUCGGAGAGCAGACUUUCCCUUUGCCAGUUCCCUGUAGCUAUGAGAGAAGGUGAUUGGCGAGCAGUGACUCUCUGAAGAGUAGCCUCUUCCCCAUCUCAGACAGCGCUCAGUGAAAGCCUGCCCUGGGAUCCCUGCGCCCAGGCACGGGGCGGUACUAACAGAACAAAGCUGACAGCCUGUCCUCAAGGGAUGUCCCUCGUCUAGUGACAGGGACAGAGACCUAGCCCUGCUUAUACUGCUUCAUGCCUAAGUAGCCUAGGACAGUUUUCUCUAUAACUCCCCCCCUUCUUAGAUAAUGACAGGUGGCAGUGAGGUUGGGAGAACCACGGUGCCCCAUCCCAAUGACACUGGGGCCAGAAAGACCAUGCAGAGUGCCGACUGAACCAGGGCUCCAGUUUCAGAGUGCCUGGACUGAGACGCCCAGGAACUGUGUGACCGUAGCAAGUUACUGUGCGUCAGUUUCCUCUUCAGUAUGCUGAAGGGACCACCCUCUUCGAUGAAGAUGAAGUGAUCUAGCUGCAUACUUACAGUACUGUCUGGUACAGCAUUAAAUACCCAGUGAAUCUGGCAUGGCUUUGUGACAGUAACGAGCUGAGAGGGGACACUUUGCUCUUCCUCCACACCUCUGCUGACACCAUCAACACAGCUCUCACUCUCUGCCUUGCUCCUGCCGUUUGGUGUCCCCAAAAUGUGUGACACUCGUCAGCUCCUCUUCUCAGCCCACUGCCUUCUCUUGUCACUGGUGAGAAGCUGGGGGCUCUUGCACGGAGAGGGGCACAGCGCACUCUUCCCUGCCGUCCGAGCCUCACUGGGGGCAGAAAAGUCACAUUCACAAAGCAGUCAGGUUUUUAUCAUGCUGAGUCUCGAAUUUCUCAGGCCUUAGAUUCCUUCCUUCAUGACUCCGAGCCUCAGUUUCCUCAUCGGUGAAGAAGAGGUGAAGUGCUACCUCACAGGGUAUGAACAGGUUAAAUAAAGUAAUAUAGGUAAGGGGUAUGUGGCGUACCUAAGUCGCAGGCUGGGCCUCCUCCCUGGGCCGUCCAGCCCUGUAUUCUCCUUGGCUGCCAGUGUUCGUCCUUCGUUUUAUUUCAUUAGGUAUCAGUCUUUUUAAAUUGGGAGAUUUCACAUGAAAUUUAAAUGUCUGUAUUUGCUUUAGAACUCAGAACAGCAAGCAGUCCCAGAUCUCUGUCCUAGCACAGCAACACGCUCAGCGGUGUCUUCCGACUCAGAAGCAGGCUGUGACCCUCAGUGGUUUGCAGCAGACCCCAUGGCUCCCCAUUACCACUUAUUGCAGACCUGACCUGCGUAACACCUCCGUGGUGGAGCUUUCCAGACCUUGCUUGCACCUCUGUAGAAGAAACGGGUUCUGUUUAGUGCUCACCCCAAUCUAUGUGUAUCCCUGCUGAACUGUACGUGUGAACUGCUUGUACGAAUGCCAUGUGAAUCAUUAAAUGCUCAUAUACAAUAAAAAUAUUAAAGAUAAA